CAGGAGCGGCCGCGGCUGGGCUGGGUUGGGCAGGGCUGGUCAGCUCGGCUGGAGAGAAGACUGGACCCGGGGCCGGAACCCGAGCCUGAAGUUGAGCCGGAGACGCCGUCGCGGCCGGAGCUGGGUGCGCGGCGAGUCGGGAGGCGAGCGGCUGCCGAGGUUUGUCGACAGAUUCCCAGCACUUGGAAUCGAUCUCUGAAUUGAAGCAUUUCCUGCUGAAGAGAUGUCUGUCACUUAUGAUGAUUCUGUUGGUGUAGAAGUGUCCAGUGAUAGCUUCUGGGAGGUCGGAAACUACAAGCGGACUGUGAAGCGGAUUGACGAUGGCCACCGCCUGUGCAGCGACCUCAUGAACUGCCUGCACGAGCGGGCCCGUAUUGAGAAGGCCUAUGCCCAGCAGCUCACCGAGUGGGCCCGGCGCUGGAGGCAGCUGGUGGAGAAGGGCCCGCAGUAUGGUACGGUGGAGAGGGCCUGGAUGGCCUUCAUGUCCGAGGCCGAGCGGGUGAGUGAUCUGCACCUGGAGGUGAAGGCCUCACUGAUGAACGAGGACUUUGAGAAGAUCAAGAACUGGCAGAAGGAGGCCUUUCACAAGCAGAUGAUGGGUGGCUUUAAGGAAACCAAAGAAGCCGAGGAUGGCUUUCGAAAGGCGCAGAAGCCCUGGGCCAAGAAGCUGAAGGAGGUAGAAGCAGCUAAGAAAGCCUACCAUGCAGCAUGCAAAGAGGAGAAGCUGGCAAUAUCGCGAGAAACUAAUAGCAAAGCCGACCCAUCCCUCAACCCUGAACAGCUUAAGAAGUUGCAAGACAAAGUAGAAAAGUGCAAACAAGAUGUCCUUAAGACCAAAGACAAGUAUGAGAAGUCCCUGAAGGAGCUUGACCAGACCACCCCUCAGUACAUGGAGAACAUGGAGCAGGUAUUUGAGCAGUGCCAGCAGUUUGAGGAGAAGCGGCUACGCUUUUUCCGGGAAGUUCUGCUGGAGGUUCAGAAGCACCUGGACCUGUCCAAUGUGUCCAACUACAAAGGCAUUUACCGAGACCUGGAGCAGAGCAUCAAAGCUGCCGACGCUGUGGAGGACCUGCGGUGGUUCAGGGCCAACCAUGGGCCGGGCAUGUCCAUGAACUGGCCACAGUUUGAGGAGUGGUCUGCAGACUUAAAUCGAACUCUCAGCAGGAGAGAGAAGAAAAAGGCUGCUGAUGGCGUCACCCUGACUGGCAUCAACCAGACCGGUGACCAGACUCUGCAGAACAAGCCCAGCAGUGACCUUAGUAUCCCGAGCAACCCCGCACGGUCAGCGCAGUCACUGUCCAGCUACAACCCCUUUGAGGACGAGGACGACACAGGGAGCAUCGUCAGUGAGAAGGAAGACAUUAAGGCCAAAAAUGUGAGCAGCUAUGAGAAGACACAGAGCUACCCCACCGACUGGUCAGAUGAUGAGUCUAACAACCCGUUCUCCUCCACGGAUGCCAACGGGGACUCAAAUCCGUUCGAUGAGGACGCCACAUCAGGGAUGGAAGUGCGGGUCCGGGCCCUUUAUGACUAUGAAGGGCAGGAGUGUGACGAGCUGAGCUUCAAGGCUGGGGACGAGCUGACCAAGAUAGAGGAUGAGGAUGAGCAGGGUUGGUGCAAAGGGCGCUUAGACAGCGGGAAGAUUGGCCUGUACCCAGCCAAUUACGUGGAGGACAUCCAGUGACGGACUGCGGACUGUGGGCUGGCUGGCAGAGGGAUGGAGGCCACCAUCCCAGGAGCCCCCUUAGCCAUGGCCUAGGCAGUGGGAGCCUCCCCCCAACUGCAUGGGCACCCACUCCUUUCCCUGCAAAAGAUGAUGGUUCCGUUGCUCUUGGCUUCCUGGUGUCUCUUGAAGGCAGGCGAGCUGGCCUUUCCACCUGGGACUCAGCACUCUGUCCGCAGCGCAGACGGAGGGAGCUGAGCACAGGAGAUGCAGUACAACAGGCUCCCCGCCCCACUCGCCGUGUGCACUGGCUUAUCAUGGACCUAUGUAUCGACCUUGUCUUUCCUCUUCUCCAAGUCAAUGGUGGGGGACACUGAUUCUUGUCUCACUGAUUCCUUUCUCUAACCAGCCCAUCACUCACAACCUGAUUGAACAAACGCACAUGCUAUGUCCCAAGUGAAGCUAUUUAGGUUUUUAAUUUAAAGGCUAUGUACAGUUAUAUUUUUUUAUAUCUCCCUGUUCUUCCAUCCAUUGCUGCUUAAAUUAUGGCAGAGAUCAUUGCGCGCCCCCUCAAGGGAGCACUCGGUUUCUGAGCUGCAUGGUGGGCUGCGUGGCACAGGGGCAUCAGGAAGACGGGGGCACUGUGGCUGCGCUUCUGCCUGCUCUGCACAUGUGAGGCCCAGGAGUGGGCCUCAGGAGUGGGCAUGUCUGGUAGUCACAAAAGUCGCCAUAUUUAAAAGCUAUUUUCACUCUGUUUAUGCUUAAAGCCUUCCUCUUGCAAAUUACCUAUUUUAUCAGUGAUUCGGAAGGUUAAAGAAGACUAACUUUUCAAGUGGAUGCAUCUGUAGUCGAAGAUGCUUUGUGUUAGAUGUCAUGUCUCAUGUAUAUCUGUAUAUAUUAUUUGAUAUUCAGAGAAUCUAAAGAGCUCGUCUACUGUUCUAACGAGAUUUAAUGCUUCUGACAGUGGGUUUCAUUUUGUAAACUGCUUGAAGACCAUGACCAUGAGGCACGGGCCUGACAGGUGGGUGGGCGGUUGUCCCUGGCUUGGGACCCUGAGCUGGGGCCUUUGACGUGAAGCCUGCUGUAAGGAUGCCUGUCCUCACCACCAGCGAGUCAGCUUCUAGGUAGCCCGAGUCCUCCCCGUAGCAGAGCACUGUACAAACUCCCGUGUCCUCCCAGCAGUUACAUGUUCCAUUUCUUCCACUUCUCAUGAGCAGACAAGAGCUGGAUCCCACCCUGCAGCCAGGGGUCUCUUCUGAGCACCCUUGGCCAUGCUGGGCCAGAAGCUGCACCAGGGGAGCCCCGUGUGACUCGGUCACGUCACAGACCACACACGGAUUUGGCGUUUGCUGUGAGCUAGCUCUUGUGUCUUGCUUGGAAGGUGGGCGUGCGUCCCUGUUUGUCGUGAAGACUUACCAGCAUCAGUCCUCAUUCCUUGGCUACAGAUUUACCAAAAAUUGUCAAGUGCUUUCAAUUUAAGAGUUUCUUUAAAUGUAUAGUAUUUUAGGAAAAUCAAUAAACAGUUGAUCUCA